GGCAGAGGCAUGUCGCAGUAGAGUGAGAGGGACUGAACAGAGUACGCAGAGAAGGGAAUUGUACAAUUUUGAACAGGCUGCAUCUGAGACUUUCUGAAUUGCGGUACGUGACUAAACUGGAGAAGAAUGAAAGGCAUGUGCUAUUUUACCAAUGUGGUCCUGUUCUGCAUAGCCAGUGGAGCAAGUGGAUGGCUCAUCCAUAACUCGACAGAUUCCACUUCAAUAGCCAAUUUCACCGACAUGAACUCAACGUUAAACGCGCAGGUGUCUGCGCUCAUCCCCAAGUCUAGACGGAAACGCUGGAUUUCACAAAGCGACAUGCUUGCCAUCCUUGACUAUCACAAUAAAGUCCGAGCAAACGUCUUUCCACCUGCUGCAAAUAUGGAGUAUAUGGUGUGGGAUGAAGGCCUUGCCAGAUCUGCUGAAGCCUGGGCAGCCACGUGUCUCUGGGAACAUGGACCACCAUUCCUACUGAGAUACCUGGGACAGAACCUGUCGGUCAGAACAGGGGGAUAUCGCUCCAUUCUGCAGCUGGUCAAACCUUGGUAUGACGAAGUCAAUGAUUACAUGUUUCCAUACCCUCGUGACUGCAACCCCAGGUGUCCAAUGAGGUGCUCUGCACCGAUGUGUACACAUUACACUCAGAUGGUGUGGGCUACAACGAACAGAGUUGGCUGUGCAGUUCAAACGUGCUAUAACAUGGCUGUCUGGGGAGCCAUGUGGAGACAAGCAACAUACCUGGUCUGUAAUUAUUCCCCAAAGGGUAACUGGGUAGGAGAACCUCCCUACAGAGUUGGCAUCCCAUGUUCAGCAUGCCCACCAAGCUACGGAGGCUCAUGUAGUAACAACCUAUGUUUCCCUGCAAUAACGUCCAACUACAUGUACUGGUUCAAGUAAACCAUUUAGACAUCUGUUUUAAUAACUGUCAGAUAUCAUAAUUUCACAUUGCUUCAAAUGUCAGAUGUAUUUCCCCCAAGUACUUAAUAUGUACAAUGUACCUUUUUAUACAAUUACACAUUUUGAAUUAUAAGCUACAUUUGAUUUGGUUUUGAGGUGUAAAUGAGUAUCAUACAUUGUUAUGUUGUAGCAUACAACUUAUUGUUGUCUUACCAUCAUAUUGAUGGUCAAAUGUAUUGAUCAGCAAUCAUGUUGUUUUUGUUGGUGACUUUUGAUUGACUAUUUGGUACAGAGGUCAAACCUACAAAUACCUCCACUACGGCAGUGGUCAAUAAGCUUCCUCAUAAUUAUAAAGACAAGAGUAUAUUGGAUCGAUCGACUCCAGCUCACUGUACCAUAUGUCAGUAGCAUUUUCAACAUUGAUAAAUAUUGUUUUUAUUAAAAAUGUACUGUAUUUUUGUAAGUACUUCUGAAGUGUUUUCCAGAACAUGAAUUACAUGUUGUUGUUUUUAUUUGCAUGAAGCUUCAUAUUUUUACACCAUUGAAUGUCACUUAUAUGUGUGUUCAUGUAAUUGCUAUGGCCCGUUACCAUUGUUAUAGAAUAAAGACUGCUAAACUCUUA